GCUCAACGCAUUAGCAUUGCCAUCCAAUGUGGCAAUGCGGCCAGUCUCAAAGCGCCAACAAUCAAAAGUACUCUUGGCUAAAGGGUCAGGGUCACCACACUCGUCACGAGUUACCAAUACAUAAUAUUAAGCAUUAACUUUAUAUUCCAGCUAUCAAUAUGCCUGCUCGUGCUCUGCUGCGUAUCCCUGACCCUGCAAGCCCCCGACCACAACCGCACCCGCCGGGAUGACAAACCAGCUCCCCCCGCCACCCCUGCCGUCCCCUUUAAUAUCGCUGACUUCCAAGGGUUCCUGAACGUCAUCUCCAAUUGGAUACCAGGCGCUAAGAAGGAUAAGGAUAAGGAACCGGAGAAGAAGGAAUAGGGAAUGAGAACAGGAUCUUGAACUAGACAUGAGACCGUGGAGAACGUAGGGUAAUACCACUAAUAGUUUUAUACAUAACUUGCGAAGUUCACGUUCUCGCCAAAUCACACCACGAGCAUCACAACAUGUGUUCUGACCAUUCUGAAAAAUCUCGUGAGACCUCUGCAGACCCUCCUGAUGUCCAAACAGAAUCAACAGAAGAUACUACUGAUACUACUACAAUUGCUACUGAUAUUACUACUAAGCUAGUGGCUACAAGACCUACUACCACAGCGGGAUCUAGUACUACAACUGAUAUUACUACUCCUAAACCAGUGGUUACAAACCCUACUAAGCCAGGACCCACUACAACUGACAUUACUGCCCCUAAUCCAAUGGCUACAAAACCUACGCCAAGUAAACCAGGAUCUACAGACUCGAAUGUGCCGACACAGAAACCUAACCCAAUAAGUAAUAUUCCUAAUAAAAUAAAAGACACUAUUGAUAAGAUUUUCCAGGACGAAGAUAAAAGCCAAUAAGAUAUUUCCCAAAAAUAAAGCUAGCCAUAAAGUGGGUUUUUUAUUUAAUUAGCACACGUCAUCACGGAAAAUGCAUGAAGACACAUCAGCGCCUCUAAACGG